UGGGGGAAUACUCAACAAGUUGGCCGCUCAGCUUGGGGUGCACUCAAGACUCAAGAAGUCCACUCGGUGACACGUCGACUGCAGACACUGACCUUGUCAUCCUGAAUAUACCGAUGAACUACCCACCACGCUAGUCUACAAUGGGACGGCUUACUUCAGGGAAGCUUAUCGUGUUUGUGUUCGCGGUGGCUUUGACGAUACUUGUGCUAGUUUCCUUUCGGGACACCAUAUCUUCACGGAACCAAAAGGAAAUUGAUGAAUUAGUUCAUGCAGUUCAUAAACUACGGAAGCUCGCCAGGGCCAAAGGUUUACACGUCGAAGAUGAAGGGCCAAAUUCGGAUACAGCGGAAAAGGGAGCCGAAGUCAUUCACAAGGAUGGUCCAAAUACGUCCGGAGAGAAUCCUUCAGAUGGUUCUAGCUUCCGGAUAACUGAGUACUGGCAGGCCAGUUCCCUGAUUAAAUGGGAUUUUGAGAAACCACCAGAAUAUGAAUGCAAGAACAAGUCGUCUGCUGGAAUAUACUUCGUCUGCCAAGAUCCUCAAUUUAGGAUCAAGCCACCAUGCAUCGCAUACUCCUUUGGGGUCUACACGAAAUGGGCGUUUGAGGAAACCCUUGGCAGGAUGGGAUGUGAAACACAUUCGUUUGAUCCCAGUGUGAAAUGGAAUGACCACAUCCACAAGGGCGUGGUCCAUUUCCACAAGCUGGGUAUCGGGGCAGAAGACACCGACUCCUACAAGCCGGCCCGGGGGAUGUACGUGAAGGAAGACCAGACCUGGAAGAUGAGGACUCUGCCCUCCAUCAUGAAGAUGCUGGGACAUGAGGGGAAAGUGAUUGACGUGCUGAAGGUGGACGUGGAGGGGUUUGAGUGGUUCAUGAUGCAGCAGAUGCUGGACACGGGGAUCAUCCACCGUGUACGACAGUUCGUGGUAGAGUGGCAUCUCGUGCAUGACUUUCCCACCAAGAAGUCCUACAUGGACUUGUUACGGAUCUACUACAAGAUGAAGGAUGCCGGAUUCCGCACAUUCUCCGUGGAUUUCAGGUUCAGGGGUUUUUCUGUGAGACGAUGGCGGAUACAAUCUGAUGUGAUGUAUGUUAACACCAAGUUUAUUCCAAAUAGCAAGUAGCAGUGCCCGCCUGUACAUGUGUCAGAAUGCUUAUUGAAUGUUGUACAUGAACUUAUUUGACUAAUAUGACUGAUAGGUGAUUGUUUACGAACCAUGUUGUUGCUGUGUGUUUGUUUCUGAAAGGUCAGAUGAUCUCACCCGUUACCUAAAAUGAUGCUGUUGGAAGUGCAUCUUUCCAUCCGUACACACAUAAGUACAUACAUAACAAUCGACAAUUUAAUCGUUAUGAAAUGAGUUUUGGGAUGUUUCCCUACUGCAUUAGGCCCAGAAUUUCACUCACAGUGCAAUACAUACAUCAUCUACCUUAUGAAGAAACCUGGAAAAGAAUAAAGGAACACUUGUACUUUCACGUGUUCCCAUAUUUGUUUCCAUGAGUAUAUGAAUCCAUCUCAUGCAUUAAAUACACCGCCCAACCCCUCUGUUAAGACAGAUUGAAAUGAACAUAACGUGUAUUAUUAUAAGAGGACACGUGUGUCUCCAUACAGGGGGAUUCCGUGAACUUAUGUUGUGUCAUAAAAAGUAAAUCUCCCAAAUUGGGUCGGUUGGACUCACAUGCACAUUGCUGUCACAAACACUCACAAUAAGUAUAUGUAUAUAUCUCCUUCAGACAGCAAUUACUGCUUGUCCAGACACUGGAUUGUCUGGUCCAGGCUAGAACAUUCAUAAACCGCUGUCAUAUAUCAUUAUGUUACGGCGUUACUUUUCAUAUAAAACAAUCACAAUUUUGUCCAGUGUAUAUAUGAUACAUGUGAGACACGAAGACUCAAAUCAUUAAUGGGUUCUGUU